AUUAUUCUUCAAUAAAACAAAUCCUUUAGAGAUCGUUUGUUUUCAUGGAUGACGAUGAAAAGCCAGAGAGUUUAACACUGUACUCUUGGGAACAGGACAUAGUUCGUUCGUGGGAAACUCUAGAAGAAGAUGAAACAGGGAAAAUAAAGGAUUUGAGCUCUUUUGAACGUUCCCGAGUUAAGCGCAAGCGUAAGAACACUCAGCAAAACGUACGAAGAGGACUUAUUCGGUUCCUUGUUCUAAUUUUGGACUUGUCUCGUGAAGCAAAGGAAACUGACGUGAAACCUUCACGUGGAGAGGUUUGCUUGUCUUGUGCACAAAAAUUCUUGUAUAGCUACUUUAAUGAAAACCCCAUCUCGCAGUUGGCUGUUGUGGUGUUGCGAGAUGGAGUGGCAGAAAAGCUCAGUUCUAUGGGAAGUAAUCCUAGGCAACACUCGGAAGUAGUUAAAAAUGCAAACCAAAAAGGUUUCUAUGGUAACUGUUCCUUACAAAAUGGGUUGGAUGUCGCUUUGAGCCUGCUGCACUCCAUUCCUUCAUAUGGGUCUCGUGAGGUGUUGAUACUAUACAACUCCAUAUCUUCUUGUGAUCCAGGAGACAUCAGACAGACUAUAGAGAAGCUAGAAAAGGAGAGAAUCCGCUGUAAUGUAAUAGGAAUGGCUGCAGAAUUGUAUAUACUCAAAUAUUUGGCAGCUCGAACGCAUGGUAGUUACUUUGUCUGCAUGAACGAAAGUCAUUUAUUAGAAUUGUUAGAAGACUUCGUGGUUCCUUCCGCGUUAAUAGAGAAUAAUACUAAGACUGCACUGGUUCGUAUGGGCUUUCCAACUUUGAAGGCAUACAAGGAGCCGAAAGUCUGUCUCAACGACAAGGUAUUGAGAAAUCAAGUAUUUGUCUGUCCUCGUUGUGAAUGCUGUUAUGGAGAGAUUCCCAUAGAGUGCGUUCUAUGUGGCCUUAUACUAGUGUCAAGCUCGCAGCUCGCUAGGUCUUAUCAUCAUCUAUUUCCCGUUGCGAAUUUCCAUGAACUUGAAGAAGACAAAUAUAAGCAAAGUCAUUUCCAACCAAACUACUGCUUUGCGUGCAAAGGAACAUUUCCUUUUGAAGGUUCUGAAUACUUUGUGUGUCCAAACUGUCAAAACAUAUUUUGUGGCAUUUGCGAUAUAUUUAUUCAUGAUGGACUCAAUAACUGUCCUGGAUGUGAAAUUCGCCCAGAGAAUCGAAUAGCUUCACAAACAGAUUUCAGUUAAUUUUCAAGUUGGUAUUAUAUAAAAAGUUGUUCACUACUGUACAAAAUUUUUCUG